AUGUCUUCUUUCACAAGUAGGAACAAAUUUCCUUUAUUACUUCUGAUACUCUCAUGUAUAUCAACAAUACAAGCACAGUUUUUCGCGCAAUCGUCAUCAUCUAAUUCGUCAGCGAUAUCCAGUUCACGCUCUUCCAUAAGCACGAUAAGUUCAUCACAAACUUUUAUAUCAUCCAGUAUGGUAUCUUCCUCGGGUGAUGCCUCGUCUUCUCUUUCUUCAUCAACGUCAAGUAGAUCUUUCGUUUCGCAUACUACUUCGUCUACUAGCAUCGCCUCUGUGUCGUUCACAUCAUUUAGUUUUUCAUCUAUUACGAGCUCCAGCAGCUCUUCCCCUUCUUCUUCAGUUUCUUCCUCUUCAUCCUCUUUUAUCUCUUCAACAUCUUCAACGUCUUCAACUUCAGAGUCAUUAACACCCUCUACGUCCAUGUCAACAUCCUCUUCAUCAUCCUCUUCAUCAACACCGUCUUCCGUCACAUCGUCUUCAUCAACAAUCACCUCUUCCUUUUCAACUUCCUCUGCACCAUCGACUACUUCCUACAAUCAAGGAAGCACUAUUACCAGUAUCAUAAACGGUAAGACUAUUCUCUCAAAUCAUUAUACUACGGUUACGUACACGCCGUCAGCCACUGCUGAUCCAAGUAAUAAAUCAAAAAGCUCUGGUCUUUCCAAGAAGAAUAGAAAUAUUGUCAUUGGUUGUGUGGUUGGUAUUGGGGUACCACUGAUUUUGAUAAUACUAGUCUUAAUUUACAUGUUUUGUAUCCAGUCCUCAAGGACAGAUUUUAUUGAUUCCGAUGGUAAGGUCGUUACGGCCUACAGAGCUAACAAGUUUACUAAAUGGUGGUACAUGCUUUUGGGCAAGAACGUUAGUGAUGAAUACCACUCUGAUUCACCAUUGGGUGGUAGUGCAUCGUCGGCAGGGGGUCUAGACCUUGAUGAAGCGGAUGAUGUGAUGGAUCAAAGUUCCCUUUUCGAUAUGAGAAUAAGGGAUGGUGAUAGCGUAUUACCAACCAUCAACAACGCGAACCAUGAUAAUACUAAUAGCGUUGGAGAGCAUAUAAAUAGUAGUGCUGCGUCAAACGACAUGAUUGAAGAAAAACUCUAUGAUGAGCAAGGAAACGAAUUAUCACCACGAAAUUAUUAG